GAUAAUGUUUUGACCUUGUUGUUGUUGACCAGGUGUACAAUAAAGAUUAACUUAGGUGACUUUUCUAGCUUAGAGCACAAUCUGUUAACAAAUUCUCUCUUUUGUCCAUACUCCAUUACCCAUAGGACUGCUUCCAUUCAAAAGACUAUCUAAAGACGAUAGUUCCGUGUCUAAUAUUUCAAAUUCAUAGAACAGCUACAAAACCUACCAGUGUUUUAAACUAUUUGCUGCAUAAUUGAGAUUUUUAAUUUGAAGAAUCUGCAAAGAAAUUGUGUCAUGGCGGUUCACGAAGCAAGAAAGAAAAGAUAUAAAAAAGUGCCUCCGGAUGGUGGAUAUGGGUAUUGGAUUUUGGUGGCAGCAUCUGUGGGCUUGGCCUCAUCGACAAUGUUUUACGUAUGUUUCGGAAUGAUUUACAACGACUUCUUCAUCAAACUGGGCAUGGGCACCACCGGCAUCAGCGUGCUGACGGGGAUCAGAGCCGUGGGCAUGGCACUCUCCGGUUUCCUCACAGGGCCGCUCCUGAAAAUGAUGAGCAGACGCAAGCUGGCCCUCGUAGGCGCUACAUUCUACAACUCGGGAAUGUUCGGAACCGUGUUCGUCAACACGCAGGCGCUGUUUAUUUUCUGUCAAGGCCUCUUGCAGGUUAUUGGUAUAGGAUUACUUUAUACUGUGUCAUGUACAUGUAUAAACGACUAUUUUGUCGACAAGCGGUUGUUAUCCACCGGCAUUGUGCAAAGUGUGGCAGCCGCCGCAGGAAUGGUGGCGCCGAUGAUUGUGUCGUGGACCAUGGCCGAGUACGGGUACCAGUGCACGCUCAUCGUCAUAUCGGCUGUCGGCAUGCAGAGCUACAUCGCCGCCACGCUGCUGCAGCCCGUGGCCUGGCACAUGAAGAGGGUCGAAAUCACGGAUUCAGAGUAUAAUACAUUGUUGGAGAAGGAUAAAGACACAACAUCUCAGGCAGGUGAAAACGUCGACAAUGCCCGCAGUAGGGCACAGCACAGCGGAUGUCAUUCCAGAUCUAAAGAUCCUAAAGCAGAGCCUAACUGGGGAUACUUCUCCACGAAACUGCUUAACAUCAGCCGGGUCAUAGCCUUGUUUGCCAACGUAGUGUAA